AUGAAGGCAAAGCCGUCGUCGGGGAAGAAGCGGGGUGAGGAGGCGGCCCCCCCCGCCACUGCGGAGGCAGCGAGGAUGGAGAAUGCCAAGGCGGCCGCCGUGACUGAUGUCUCUGCAGAGACUGUGCGCUUCUUGAAUAUGUUGCCAGUUCCAAGCUAUUUUCUCCGUAUGGUCUGCCUCUGCGUUUUCAGCCUUAUCAUCGUUAGGGCAACGUUGGAGGCCUACACUAUCCGUUUGAUUUCAGUUAAUUUGUACGGCAAAGUCAUUCAUGAAUUUGAUCCCUGGUUUAACUUCCGUGCGUCGCAGUACCUUGACGAGCACGGGUGGUACGCCUUUUUCCACUGGUACGACUACAUGAGUUGGUACCCACUUGGGAGGCCCGUCGGCACAACCAUCUAUCCUGGUCUGCAGCUCACGAGCGUCGCCAUCCGCAGGGUCCUUGCCAUGCUGGGGGUAAACAUGACAAUAAACGAUGUGUGCGUUUACAUCCCCGCAUGGUUUGGGAGCAUUUCUACGAUUUUAUGUGCGCUUUUGGCCUAUGAGUCAUCACGCUCAUUUGCCGGCGCUGCCAUAACUGCAUCCUUGUUUGCCAUCAUCCCCGCCCACCUGAUACGCUCCAUGGCAGGCGAAUACGACAAUGAGUGUAUUGCGAUGGCGGCGAUGCUGCUCACCUUCUACCUGUGGGUGCGUUCGCUGCGCGGGCCCGGCUCCUGGCCCAUUGGCGUGCUGACGGGGUUGGCCUACGGCUACAUGGUGUCGACCUGGGGGGGCUUCAUCUUUGUCCUCAACAUGGUGGCGCUGCACGCCGCGGUGUGCGUGCUUGCCGACUGGCUUCGCGACAGGUACGACAACAACCUCCUGAAGGCGUAUUCCCUGUUCUUUGUGAUCGGCACGGCGAUUGCGACGCAUGUGCCGCCGGUGGGGUUCACCCCCUUCAGGUCCCUGGAGCAGCUGCUGGCGCUGCUGGUGUUCAUCUUUAUGUGGGCGCUGCACUUCUCCGAGAUUUUGCGGCGCCGGGCCGAUGUGCCGAUCCGCUCCUCCAGGGCGCUGCAGAUCCGCGCGCGCGUAAUGGUGGCCACCUGCACCGCGCUUUUGUUACUCGCGAUGCUGCUGGCCCCGCAGGGAUACUUCGGCCCUCUCUCCUCUCGCGUCCGCGCCCUCUUUGUGCAGCACACCCGCACCGGCAACCCUCUCGUGGACUCCGUCGCCGAGCACAUGCCCACCUCCUUGGAUGCAUUCUGGGCGUACCUGCACAUAUGCCAGCUGGGAUCUGUGAUCGGCUUCAUUGUCGUCCUUUUUGCAUGCAUCGCACGGUACAGCCACGCGAAGUCAUUUCUUCUGCUGUACUUCCUUGUCGCCUACUACUUCUCCACAAAAAUGAGUCGACUGCUGUUGCUCUCUGGGCCCGUGGCGGCUGCGUUGACAGGCAAUCUUCUGGGCAGUGUCAUUGAUCUUUCCCUGGAGUCGUUGUUUUUGCCGCCCGACGACUCUGAGGACGCGAAGAAGAAGCAGACGAAGAGUCGCCCAAAGGCACAGAAGGAGGUUGGGAUGGACGUCGACGUUUACGUUAUUGCCGCAUGGAAGAAGAUGUGUCGGUGUCGACCGCUGCUGGCGGCGGGCAUCAUUGGCAUCCUACUUGCCAUGUGUGGGCACAUGGUGUUCACCUCUGGCUACCGCGAGCACUGCCACGCCUUUGCCGUCUCCGUGUCGAGCCCGCAGAUUAUUGUGCAGGCAAAGCUGCACACGGGGGAGGUGGUCAUGGUGGACGAUUACUACGUGUCGUACCUGUGGCUGCGCAACAACACCCCGGCGGACGCUCGCAUUUUGGCCUGGUGGGACUACGGCUACCAGAUCACGGGGAUCGGAAACCGUACCAGCCUCGCUGACGGAAACACGUGGAACCACGAGCACAUCGCCACCAUCGGGAAGAUGCUCACGUCGCCUGUGGCGGACGCCCACUCGCUCAUUCGCCACCUUGCGGACUACGUGUUGAUCUGGAGCGGCAAUCGAGGCGAUGACUUGAUGAAGUCGCCGCACAUGGCACGCAUUGGCAACAGCGUGUACCGCGACAUCUGCCCCGAGGACGACCCGCUGUGCUCCAACUUUGGUUUUAUAGGCUAUGACUUCAGCCGUCCCAUGCCUAUGAUGCGGCGGUCGCUGCUGUACAACCUGCAUAGCUCCGAGAAGAGCUCUGAGACGGCGCUCCGCAAUAGGUUUAGGCUCGUCUACCGCUCGCGCUACGGCCUGGUGAAGAUCUACAAGGUGAUGAACGUGAGUGCGGAGAGCAAGGCGUGGGUGAUGGACCCGAAGAACCGCAAGUGCGACGCGCCGGGAUCGUGGCUCUGCGCCGGGCAGUACCCGCCAGCGAAGGAGAUCCAGAAGAUGCUGGCGAAGCGCAUUGAUUACGGCCAGCUGGAGGACUUUAACCGGGGCAAGCGAGACGACGCAUACUACAGAGCGUACAUGCAUCGCAUCCGCAAUGAACGGCACUGA